AUGGAGGGCUCGUACCUGGACCUCCUGGCUCUGAGGCUGCUCAUCUCCGUCCUCGGCGUGCUGGGCAACACGCUCCUCAUCGUCUCCAUCCUUCAGACGCCUCGCCUCAAGUCCUUCGAGGUCUUCCUCCUGGGGCUGGCCUCGGCCAAUCUGGAGGAGAUCGUGGUCGUGGACGUCUACGACAUCCUGCUGUCGCGCACCGCCCGCAGGAUCAGCAUCUGGAGCUGCCGGGGCCUGAAGUUCCUCACCAUCCUCGGGGAGAUCUCCAGCAUCCUCUUCACGGCGCUCAUCAGCAUCUACCGCUAUCAGAAGCUGCGGGACGUCCAGACGCGGGUCAGUCUCCCGGUCUUCAUGGACGGCCUGCGCUCGGCCGUGCUCCUGGUGGUCUUCUGCGGAGCCGUGGCUCUUGUCUUCAGCCUGCCCACGCUCCUGGUCAACCUGGACUGGAGUCAGCUGAACUCCUCGACUCUGGGCUGCCCGGCCGAUUUCUUCCAGUGCUCGUUCAGCAGAUGCCCGACUCGGAACCGCGUCUACAAGUACUCCUUCCUUCUGGUGUGUAACGUGCUCCCGCUGCUGACCGUCACGCUGACCAGCUCCAUGAUCGCCAGGAUCUUGAUCGUCCAGCAGAAGACGGUCAGGUCCCGGCAGGCCCCGAGCGCGAGGCAGCAGGGGCCCCGGAGAUCGUCCUUCUAUCGCAGCACUCUCUCCAUCCUGACCGCCAUGACUCUGUUCCAGCUCAACUGGACCGUCUACCUGUUGCUUCACCUGGCCUUUGACCCCGGCUCCGUCCCUCUGUGGUCAGAGUUUGAGUUCUUCAUCACCACCUUCUACAGCGCGGUCAGUCCCUACGUCUACGGGAUCGGAAACAACCUGUUCAGCGUGAAGCGCUUCCUUAGGAAAGCUUCCAGCUAG